AAAGAGAGAGAGAGAGAGAGAGAGAGAGAGAGAGAGAGAGAGAGAGAGAUUUUAUUUAAAGCUAAAAUUUUUAUAUCAAUUUAUUUAGCUGUGUUUAUGUGACCUACCUGUCAGAAAGCCUAAUGCAAGUACUUGUGUGGCCCUUCGUCUUGGUGUGGGCUGUGAUGUGUGUGUCAGGUCAGCCUUGCCAGCCCGAUGAGUUUAAGUGCCUGACAGGGGAGUGCGUGUCAGAGAAGUACGUCUGUGACUUCAGCAAAGAUUGUUCAGAUGGCAGCGAUGAGAGAAACUGUUCCCAUUCAGAGACAUGCGAUUUUGAAGACGGCUUUUGUGAUCUACAAACACAAGACCCAAAUAAAUCAUGGAUUCGAGGCACCUGCCUGACUGAUCCUGGACCUCUGAUAGACCACACUGGGCACCCUUCAGGACACUAUUUGUUCCUGCACUCGAAAACUGGAGAGACAGUCUUUGCAGAAAUUUCCAGUCCAUCUUUUCUACCCUCAGAGUCCUGCAUGGUCACAUUCUACUACCACAUGGGCCAAGUGACUGGUGGCUUACAGGUUCUGGUUAAAGCACAACCUUCAGGAGAGCGAAGACAAAUCUGGAUUCAGUCCAGACUGACCUCUAUGCCACCUUCAAAGACCUGGUUAAGAACAUCAGUUACAUUCAAAGAGAGCCAGGAGUUUCAGGUAAUCAUACAUGGAAUGAUGUCCAGCAGCAAUAAUCCUAAAGAAGUUAUUGCCUUUGAUGACUUGUCUUUCAGUCCAGGCUGUGUAUCAGCUAGAGAGGGAAUGUAUGUAUCCUCUACAAGCCGCUCUCAGUUUCACUGUGGGGGAGGUAUACAUGUGGACGCAAAGCAAGUGUGUGACUUUACUCUGGACUGUCCUCGUGGAGAAGAUGAGGCCACUUGCCCUGCACAGUGUGAUUUCGAGGGAGAUGCAUGUGGCUGGCAUGAAUCUGAGCCUGGUGAUGGUUUUGACUGGGUCAGAAGCUCACCUCAAAUCAUCUCAACAGACCAACAAUACAAAGCACCUCCAAGGGACCACUCUACCAACACAAGCACUGGCCACUUUCUUCUAGUCCUGAUGAACAGCAGCAGUUUAGCUCAGCGCGCUUUACUCCGCAGUCCCAUGUUCCAGCAUGCUGGCCCUGACUGUAAAAUGACCUUCUGGCAUUACAAUGCCGGUAUGUCGGUUGGUGCGGCCUACAUGUAUCUGCAAAUCGAUGGCAUGGACAACCUUACAGUUCUGUGGCACACACUUUAUCAUCAGGGAAACCUCUGGCAGCCGGUGACUGUGCAGCUUGGCCGCCAAACCAGGCCUUUCUGGAUCUUGGUGUCCAAACUGAGCCUGGGUGUAUAUGAUGGAAUCUCUGCACUGGAUGAUAUCACUUUUCACAACUGCUCGCUACCAGCUCCAAUGGACAAGUGCCCUGACCCGGACUACUUCCACUGCGUGCGAAGCCGAGCAUGUGUGGACCGCCUCAAGCUCUGUGACCUUGUUGAUGACUGUGGAGAUGGUACAGAUGAGGAAAACUGCUCCUCUGAGUUAAUGUGCAGUUUUGAGGAUGGCUUAUGCAGCUGGACUCAGAAUAAUGAAGACAUUUUUGAUUGGACCUGGAACCAGGGACCUACUCCCACUCCCAACACCGGCCCCUAUAAGGACCACACGUGGUCCAGUGUGAGUGGGCACUACCUCUACAUUGAGUCCUCAGCUCCUCAACAAUUUAAAGACACUGCUGUGCUAAUUAGCAGACCUUUUAAUCCCACUCUCAGCAAAGGAGAAGUUCCUUGGACAACUUGUGUCUUCAGGUUCCACUAUCACAUGCUGGGCCAGUACAUCUUCCGAUUAGCAGUCUACAUCCGCAACUAUAACAGUGGCCGUGGCCAAAUGCUGUGGAUUCGCAAUGGUGACCAGGGCGACCUAUGGCACAGAAAGACCCUGUACAUCAACAGUGCACGGCCUUUCCAGAUACUUGUAGAGGGCACAGUGGGGGAUGACUUCACAGGAGAUAUAGCAAUAGAUGACCUCUCAUUUCUGGGCUGUGAGCCAUAUGAGGGUGUACUCCCUUCAUUAGAAGCCAGCACUACGGCUCCAGCAGUCACUAAUCCUACAUUGCCCCCUCAUAGCUGUCUACUAGGCCAGUUUGUGUGUGGGACUUAUGGAGAGUGUGUGAGCCACAACAAAGUGUGCGAUUUCAGAUGGGAUUGUUCAGAUGGCUCUGAUGAAAAGGGUUGUGUGAUGGAACGGUGUCAUUUUGAGGGUGGAAAUCUUUGUGGGUGGAAUUUGGACAGCCCCAAACCUCCAGUUCAACUACAUGCUUUCCAGUGGCUAAUAGGACAGGGAGAAACUAUAUACCAUGGAGAAGAAAAUCACAGGCCUGUUAAUGACCAUACUCUUGGCACUGCAGAAGGAUGGUACAUCUAUGCAGAUAGCUCUAAUGGUGGAUAUGGCCAUGUGUCUGAUCUUAUAACACCACUCAUCACUGCCACAGGGCCCCAGUGCACCAUGGAAUUCUGGUACUAUAUGAGUGGCUUCACUGUUGGAACACUACAGGUUUUUAUUAAGUCUGGUAAUGUCACACAUAAGGUGUGGUCUGAAACAGGAAACCAAGGCAGGCGCUGGAUGCUUGGCAAAAUUUUCAUCGGAAUCCGCCAAAAUAUUCAGGUAAUCCUCCGUAGUAAGCGAGGUGUUAGCUACAUGGGUGAUGUGGUGGUUGAUGAUGUAGAGUUUAUUGACUGUGCACCUCCAGUCAUCUCAGGUUUUCCCUGCACAAAGUCUGAGUUUGCAUGUGCUAAUGGUCUCUGUAUUCCUGACGGUAACCUAUGUGACUUUAUCGACCACUGUGGGGAUGGUUCAGAUGAGAACCACUACAUCUGCAAGGGCUUUCACGCGCACUGUAACUUUGAAUUUGACCUUUGUGCCUGGCACCAACUGGAGAGUGACAAUUCUGAUUGGCUGAUCAAAGCAGGAAGAACGCAUACAAUGGAAACAGGUCCAGCCACUGACCACACUCUACGCAACUCAUCAGGCCACUACCUGUACAGGGAGAAUUUUUUCUCCAAAUCCUCUGGAGACAUGGCUCGAAUCUCCAGUCCAGUGUUUAGCCAGAGCAGCAGAGAAUGUAAGAUGGUGUUUUACCUGCAUAUGACUGGUGAGGGUGCUGGCACUCUGAGUGUGUACAUGAUCACAAAGUCAUCCCUUUCCCUCCUCCUCAACCUUACCGGGAAUCAGGGCAACUACUGGAUGAGACAGGAAGUACCCCUUUUUUCCAAAGAGCACUUCCAAGUCAUGUUUGAGGGAAAGAUGGGUGGAAACAGAAGGGGAGAUAUCAGCAUUGAUGACAUCAACUUCUCACCUGGCUGUCUUUUUACCCAUGAUCACAAGACAAACCUCCCAGACCCUUCACCUACUGAUUUCUGCCCAAUAGGUUUACUUCAGUGUGAUAACGGUGACUGUUACAAACAAGAGCAACUAUGUGAUUUUAUUGACAACUGUGGAGACAACAGCGAUGAGAAGAACUGCGGGACUUCCUGCUCGUUCGAAGACGGUCGUUGCGGAUGGAAGAGCUCUCUUGCAGACAAUUUUGAUUUAAUGCUAGGCACUGGCUCUGCUCAAAGCAUCAGACCACCAUAUGAUCACACACUCUUGAAUGAAAACGGCCACUUUGUAUAUUUGGCAGCCACUCCAGUGGGUCUAAAGGGGGAUAAAGCUCAUAUGAGAAGUUUUUUAUAUAAAGAGUCCAGUGCAAUCUGCAAACUGACUUUCUGGUACUACAUCUCCCACAAAGCAACAGGAGUCAUCCGUCUCUUCUUAAAGACAGAGAACGAGCUGAAGGAGCUGUGGAUGGAGCAGAGGAUGAUGCAUGAGUGGAGGAGAGCUGAGGUGCCUUUGAGGAACCUGAGGAACUUCGAACUUAUCUUUGAGGUGGUUCGUGCGAGAGACGUCAGUGGUGGGGCUGCACUUGACGACCUGCAGUUUAUCAACUGUGCCCGCAGUGGCACACAUCCUGGAUCUUGCCCGGAAGCCACUGAUUUUGUGUGCAACAACGGCAACUGUAUCGUUUCCAGUCUGGUGUGUGACAAUAAGCCGGACUGCACUGAUGGAUCCGAUGAGCUGGUCUGCAGUGGGCUAGCAGGAGCCUGUAACUUCAGCAUGCCUGAGGAUCACUGGGAGGCAGAAUGUCAGCUGGUGCAAGAUCAGGACGACGAUUUUGACUGGCAGCUCGGACAUGGCAGAGAACAUCAAGGAGCAGGACCAUCCACUGAUCACAGCCCUGAUGGUACAGGGAGCUACUUGUAUGUGAAUUCAGCCUUGCAGCGAGAGGGGGAUGUCGCUCGUAUAAUCACCCAGCAGGAGUUUCCGGCCAGUUCUGGUGUCUGCCAUCUGCGCUUCUGGUUCCACAUGUAUGGCUACAAACAAAUGGGCACACUGAAGGUGUACACAGUGGGCAGUAACGGCAUUCCUUUACUGAUGUGGGCUGCUAGUGGGGACUACGGAAAAGGGUGGCGUUACAGUAACGUUGUGCUGUCAAACCCUCAUCCAUUCAGAGUGAGUUUUCAGGCAGAGGUGGGAGGAAACGAAUGGAACGAAACAGACAUUGCCAUCGAUGACCUCUCCUUCACCCGAGAGUGUGUUAUAGGAGCUCCUGUGACCCCGGUUCCUUCGACAUGUGAUUCAGAACAAUUUCAGUGUGUGUACUUGUUGGAGUGUUUGCCCCAGAGCUGGCACUGUGAUGGAGACGUGGACUGUGUGGAUGGUUCAGACGAGGAGGAUUGUGGUAGUUUGGUACCCGGGACUGUGCCACCACAAGCAGUAUGUGAGGACACUCAGUACCACUGUGCCAAAAAUAUAUGCAUUCCAGCAUUGUUGCGCUGUGACAGUGUACCAGACUGCCCCAACAGCGAGGAUGAAAAUGAAUGUCCUGCUGUGCAGUGUGAGAUCGGGGAGUUGGUGUGUGAGGUAGCUGCUAGCUGUAUUCCUCACAGCAAGCGAUGUGAUCAAACUGUAGACUGUCCUGCUUUUAACUCGGAUGAAUCCAGCUGCUAUGAGUGCCCCACUGGUUACUGCCUUAAUAAUGGAAUGUGUAUAGUGGGGAUCCAUGGACCUGUGUGCAUCUGUAAAUCAAUGUGGACUGGCAACCGCUGUCAUGUGCUACAAAACCCAACAAAUCCCACAUCUUCAAUUGUGAUUGCUGAUGCUGGACCAGUGAUAGCGUACACUGUCGUAAGUAUAGUAAUGAUCCUCAUCUUGGCUGUUGUGACCGGCACCGUUAUAUUCUUCUUCAUUCAAAGAAAGCGCACAGCUAAGGACUCCAGGUUGAUUUCCAAUGAUGAGAUGGACCAUUAUGCUACUGAGUGUAGAGGACAGUUUUCAGAUGUGGGACCCAGAGAAUCUGCUGCGUUUAAGUCAAGAUGGAGUAAAUUCCCUAAACUGUCCAUUAGUGUUUACCCAUGGAAAGAUGAACCAGAGUUUCCUGCCAAACUGUCUUUUUCCAACCCACUCUACAAGGAACCUAAAUGCUCUGAGGCCUGAGGAUGGACACACACACACACACACACACACACACACACACACACACACACACACACACACACACACACAUGCAAUUGCACUACAAAACCCCUAUGGAUGUACUUUUGUUAUUUGAACCUUCCUGGCUGACAUGACUGUACUUGUAUCUAAAGCCUUAAAAAUAUAUACCUAUGAAAAUUGCAUUUAUUUGACCCUUCUGGGAAAAAACACUGAGAACAUCUGCAAAUUACCAGCUUAUUACUUUGGCCCCAAGAUGUUCUAACCUACUUGUAAAGUUCACAGAGUUGAGUACAAACUCAAACAUUAUAUUUAACACGACAAAUUUCCUACUUGUUUUUUCCUGUUUUACUCUUCAACGUGUGGUUUCUUUAUUAUUCAUAUACCAUAGAAUAGACCACAAUUCUCCUACAAAAACAUGGACUUUGUUUUUAAAUCUUUAAAUGAUUUUGUUUGUGGUGGAACCACAGCAUAUGCCAAUAAAAGUGGACUGUUUACCAAAACCAA